AUGUCUCUACAGGCUCUACUCGGAAACUACCAGUCCGAAUUAGACACUUUGGAUGCCAGCAUACUGUCAAUCGCUGAGCAAAUAUCCAAAGAAUCGCUCUUGAAAGAUCCUACCUUUGUCAAAUAUCUACAAUCCCAUCAUCAAUCACAAUCCCAGCACGAAUUGGAAACACUCAGUUUGUCUCAAUUGAGCGAGAAAUCUCUUCAAACUGACCAAAACAUCGCCCAGGUUAGGAAGCUCGAUGAAUCCUACUCCCGAUUGACGGAAAUCACCACGUUGGUCAAUAAAGCAAAGACUUUGUCGGACUUGCUCGAUUUCCAACAACUCUUCAGCUUAUUUAGGGACAUCCGAAGUCUCACCUUUGAUCCAUCAAUAGUGGUAUACAAGCAGAUCUCAAAGCAGGUGGACUUGCUUUACGAGAAGUUCUUAACUCAGUUGAAUGAAUUCAUCAAAUUACUUCUUCCCGAUGAAACCACAAUCAAAAGUCUAUCCGUAUUGAACGAUUUCAAUUCCUUGAUUGUCAAAAACGACAUCAAGCUUGAUCACUACUUGCACUUGAGAAACAAGUGGGAUCAAAUCGUCGACAAGCUUUUGGGAGAAGCCGAUCUCGUUAGCAUACAGCUUAAAGAAAAUGAUUACGAUUUGAUUUCAAUAGAAGUGACCGAGACAACACUGCAGAGCUUUUUCAAGUCCUUGGAGAACUUCAUUGUGUUCAUCAACUAUAUUGACUCAACUUCAGUAAAGCAGUAUUUAAACUCUAAGAUCAACAAACGAUUGAUCGAGAAAGUCACUGCCAACAUCAGUAUUAUUAACGAAGAUAAAGAAAAAAUUGAAGACUUACGAUCUCUUUCCGAGGUGUGUCAUGCCACGAACUGGAAUGUAUUAAGCCAGAUUAACACGUCUGAUGACGCUUCAAUUAAAGAAAACUUAAAUAAAUUAUACGUGGAUUGGCUCGUUGAUGGUUAUGUUGAAAAUAUAAGGAAAGCAUUUGGCGAAGAAAAAAUAGUGGGCUCAAAGUACUGGCAGGAAGAGCCUUAUGAGGAUGAACCAGUAGAAUCAGAAGUGCCAAAAACUGAAGAAGAUCAAGAAGAUGGCUGGGACGACGGUUGGGACGAUAAUUGGGAUAUAGAUGAUGAAGUUUCGAAGAAAGAAGACCCCAAAGAAACAAAAAAGACUGGCGUGUCAGACUCACCAAUUGGGCUUGAUUCGAUCAAGAUUUCCAGUUUACCACUUGCAUUAGUUCCAAUUUUCGAAGACUACAAGAAGAUUUCACCGGAUACAAGCUACUUGGUCACAAUGGUCAAAGCUUUGAGUUUAUCAAAAUAUCCUCCGUUGUCCAAAUCAUUCUUACUUCAUAAUGACUUAACUUUCUUGUCUAGGAAAUUGAAAAUCAACGAUUUUCAAAGAGAUGCUGUAUCCUUAUGGAACCAAACUAUGAUUCAAUUCUACCAAGAGCUCAAGCUUCUCAUUGUAUCACUUGAUUUGAAUUCUUUGGAUGUCUCUGCCAAUAGCACCCCUUCACCAGAAUACGACGAUUACGAAGAUUUUGUGUUGGACGAUUAUAAUUUAAAUCAGUUAAGCGUGGUUUACAAAUGGUUCAAUGGAUUAUGCCAGGACACCGAAUUGGAACAGUCAAGCGGAACCAAAUUCAAACAUUUGAUUAUUUCCUUGGUGAGCUUCAUCAACAAUUGGCUCAUAGGGUCAAUUGUCAGCUUACCGGAAAUCUCGGAGUACCAAUCGAAGAAGAUAGCCACAUUGAUAGAUUCACUCGACAACGUGACACUUCCAUUUGUGAUGCAGGUGGGGCAAAAGAAAGACAGCAUUGAAUCCUACGGGAAACUCCAAAACAUCAAGUUCUUGAUACAAAACCACUUGAAGGACAUUAUGGAUAGAUUCUACCAGGGUGACUUAUUUGACAUCUCUACAGACGAAUUAAUCAAAUUGAUCCAGUCAAAUUUUGUUAAGAGUGAGCUCAGGGAUGGAUAUAUCCAAGAAAUCAUCGAGUUCAGAACCAUGAACUGA